UUUUAUCAUAGUUAUAAAAUUAUCUUAAAAAUAAAUUGUGACAUACCCAAAUAAAAUAAAUGUAAUUUAAAUAUAUAUUAUAGUAUUAAUAGAUUAUUUGUGAAGGAUUUCGUGUAUUACACAUGCAAAACAUGUCGAUGUUCUAAAGGGAGACGAAGUGAACGCUACUGACAACACGUCAAAGCCAUCAGAACAACAUAGACUUUUGAUUUCAGUAGGGUUUUCUGGUCCGUCAUCUGCCGCGAAUAAUAACACUUAAUCAUGGGCUUCCUUCGCUGUCCGUCUUCAUAAUGGGCAUACACCUCCAUUUUCAGUACGUCGUGUGCGAAAUAUAAGCAGGGAACCAUGAGAGGUGAAAGUUUACUGCAGUGGUGGCCUCGUCUCCUGUCAUCUACUGGUUACAGCAGAGUUCAUACCUCAGAGCACUGCAGGCAGAAUACACAAACUUGUGUUCAGCAGAGGGAAAAUGAACUGUCAGGACCAGAAGAAAGUUCCAAAACUAAUUAUGGAGAGCGACACGUGCUUGUGUUCCUGUUGUUCUUGGGAUUUGCUGAGGUGUAUGCAAUGCGAGUUAAUUUAUCAGUUGCAAUUGUAGCAAUGGUAAUGAAACAGUCUUCUAGUCAUGAAUCAGCACAGCAAGUUGAAGAUACUUGUCCUGAACCAGCUUCACAGGAGUCGAGAUCAUCAGUAUCUGUAAAUAGUGGCGAGUUCGACUGGGACGAAAAAACUCAGGGAAUGAUUCUUGGUUGCUUUUUCUACGGUUAUAUGUUGACCAAUUACAUAGGAGGAAGGUUAGCAGAAAGGUUCGGUGGGCGAUUAGUCUACGGGCUUGGAGUUACCCUAACUGGAAUUCUUACUGUGCUCUCCCCAUUAGCUGCUAAACACUCCACUGGUGCUUUUAUGGUCAUUAGAGUAUUGGAAGGAAUGACAGAGGGUGUUACUUUCCCAGCUAUGAAUGUGAUGGUAUCAUUUUGGAUUCCUCCUCAGGAGAGGGCCCGUUCAUUGGCUCGAAUAUGUGGAGGGUGCCAGUUCGGAACUGUUGUUACAUUAUCAGUUAGCGGAUGGCUGUCACAGUCAAUUUGGGGCUGGCCUGCUGUAUUUUACGUUUCUGGAAGCCUUGCCAUAGUUUGGGGAUGGUUUUGGUUUAAAAAUGUAUAUGAUUCACCUGACCAACACCCAACUAUAUCCACAGCAGAAAAGUUGUUCAUUAAGCAAGGCAUUGGGGAUCAUAGAAAUAAUAAAAGUUUGGAUGUUCCCUGGUACUCCAUAUUGACGUCAACACCAUUUCUAAUUGUGAUAGUUACCCAUGUGGGAAACAAUUGGGGUUUUUAUUGCCUUUUGACCGAACUUCCAACAUAUCUUAAGAACAUUCAACAUUAUGAUAUGAAGCAGAAUGGUGUAGUAUCUGCAAUGCCGUAUCUACUAAUGUGGCUCUUUAGUUUAUUUUACUCCUCUUUAAUGGACCACCUGCUUGAGAAACGUGUUUUAACAACUAGGCAAAUUCGUCAGCUAGCUAUGGCUAUAGGUAAUUAUAUUCCCAUGGUGUCUGUGUUGCUUGUGCCUUGGGCGGGAUGUAAUGGUCGACUUGCUGUUGCCCUCAUUUGUGUUGCUGUAGGAGCUUCUGGGGCGACUUUCUGUGGAUUCCAUUGUGCAUUCCAGGAAUUGGCUCCAAAUUUUGCUGGAACACUAACAGGAAUAUCUAACACUCUUGCAACAAUUCCUGGUUUUUUGGCUCCUGUUGUUACUGGAGCAAUUAUUAAUAACCAGCAAACUCUGGGACAGUGGCGGGAAGUCUUCCAGCUGGUUUCUAUGGUUUACUUGGUGGUGUGUUCUCUUUACCUUGUCUAUAUGUCGUCAGAUGUUCAACCUUGGAAUGAAGGACACACUGAGAAAAGAAAACCAGUUAAGGAAAUCACAGAGAUGAAAACGGUGUAAGAUUUAAAUUUAUCUGUUACAGUUGGUGGCUGCAAUAAAAAUUUAAUGUACUUCGCAAACAUAUUGAUGAACUGACCCAUAUUUGAAUAAAGUACAAUCCUAUCUACUUAACUGUAAUCACGUAAGUACAGUCCACAUUAAGGGUACAUAACCAUAAAUUAUACAUAGUAAGCACUGUAUAACGAAUGUAUUUGAAGCCUGAAAUAAAUGCUAGAGUACCCGGUAAAAAUUUGCUCACAUGCCAGUCAAAUAGUACUUCUAGAUGUCUCAUAGUUGCUGGAAUCGUAGUGUAGUUCAAGAGCGUAGUAGUAUAUACCAUCUGCCAGAAAUAUAUUUUGGCUUCAAUGCAUUUUCACUGUACUAUUGAAAGUUUCACUUCAAGGUCAAGGGAAAUUUGCAAUUAUUAAUUUAGGUCUUUCAAACAUUUUACAAUCAUGGACACUAUAUUUUCAUUUUGUAAAUAAUUACAAUAUGUAACUUCAGUAAUUAACCAUCAGUAUUCAUAUACGAUAGAACGGUCAGAUCUCUUUAAUAAGGAACCCUGUAGUUUGGCAGCUCCCACAAUCCGGCACAGUUUGAAGAUUCUGCUAGUAGUAUUUGGUUAUGGAAGUGCUACCAAGGCUGUUAUUGUCAGUAUUAAGAUGCCAACAUUUCUUGAUAAAUAGCCAGAUGUGUUGCUGAAAAAUUGGAGUCAACGUAUGUUUUUUUAUGUAGUAUUAGGGUGUCAUCCAGCAGACCAAUAAUUAUGAUAUAACUACGUACAGUAAUAUUAAAAUUGUCCAUUAAAAGACCAGUGACUCAAGCUCUUUCAGCAUAUCCAAAAGACAGUAAUUUAACCAGCCUAAUUGGAGCAAGGAUUUGUGGGUAAUAAUAACUGUAUGUACAUUGCAAAGCUUUAAGUGAGUUAUAGGUGUAUCAAAGCAGUUUUAUUCUCUUCACACUUUCCAUAACAAGAAUUAUUGAACUAAGUCAGCUAAUCAGCUUUACGCAAAAAGACCUGAAUCAGAGUUACGAUUUCAUAAAUUGAGGCAGAGCAAUGUUUGAAAACUAUUAUUUCAGUUGAAAAUCUUUUGUAAUAGAUCAAUAGUUGAAAUCUAUUGCGCUGCAUAAUGAAUUAUUUAAAAAAAAGGCUGGGCUGUUGUCCUUUUUGUGUAAAUCAUAAAGAACAGAAAUAUGGAGGUGGUCUCUUUCUGUUUGAAUCUGUAGAGUUGACAAACCUAAAAUGCAGGGCAGAAGGUUAGAUUACCUUGCUCUUGGAAACAUUAUUAUUGCUACAGGCUUUCAAAAUGUCAAAUACUGUGAGGGGCUCUAACAUAACAUACUUUUGUGCUUGAAAAUAAAAAGACGUAAAAAACUAUUGAUGGAAAUUGAUAAUAAACAAUACAAUUCUUAUUAACACAACAUCACAUAGCAUUAAGAGCUAAUGAUCAUUGCUUACUAAUGGUUACUGCUUUUGUAUUUGUAAUAUUUUAUUAGAUGUUUUGAAUAUAAAUGAUAAUUGCAAAUAAUUUUAAAGUCAAUUUUUCUGUACAUAUAGCCGGGCAUAUUUGAUACCAACACAUGAACCACUUGCAAUAGCAGUAGGUUAAGUGCUAAAACUGAUUAACAGUUCUAACAAGUAAAUAUUGGAAAAUAUCGCUGUUUUUGAUCAGAUUUAUUUAUUAUUAUUAUUAUUAUAAAAGUUUUGAUUAAAUUAUGAUAUAUUUAUUUUUUGGAGUACCUCUUUCAUACUGUUUGUUCUGUACAAAAUGGUGUGCAUUCUAUAUAUAUGUUCUAGAUAGGAAGGGAUAGGAAGGCAGCAAAAUGAGCUGACUGGAUGUAGACUAAACAAUUCUAGGUUAUUAUUUUCUUGCGUCUUGCCAGUCUUUUGUCUCUCUUUAUUUUACCUGCAAAGUGUAAUUAAAACAUUUUAUUUAUUCUAGUUAAUUCUGCAUCAUCAUCUCUUCUAAUGCUGUGUGUUACAGAGGGCCUCUGUGAGAUUCUUCCAACCAUGUCUUUAUUGUUCUCUGUCGUCCACAAAUCUCAGCUGAUCUUCAGCCUUACAUCUCAUAGUUCUCACUCAAGUAGGUUUCUGUCUUCCAACUGUUCCAGCUGAUGCUCUCAUGUACUUCCUAGGGUGGUAUGAAGGAAACAUCGAAGCUAUUAUCAUCUUCUCUACCUAGGGUAUGGAACUCUGAUAAUUUCCAAUAUGUUAUUUCUAACUCUAUCCUGAAUGCCACAGUGAUACAAGAACUUCCACAGCUUUGGCCUCAUUUAAUCAACAAAACCCAUGAGAGAGGAAUUUCAAACUUUCAACUCUGCUGCACAUCUCCCUUAACACAAAUGUAUGAUCUGUAUAACUUCUGCCUUUUCAAAGCAGUUAUCAACUUCUUUCUCCAGCCUGUUGAGAGUUCUGUUUAAGCACAAUGCUUCCAUUGUUAUCACAUUCCACUCAGGUUAACUUUCUUCAGUACCUACAACUUCCAGUGAUUCCAUCUUAGCCCAAAGCUUUCUGUCUCUUGAGUUUCUGUACUAUGGAGUUCACUUCAAAAUCUGUGAAUUCAUUGAUUACUGUAGUACUGAUAUUUAGGCCUUCUUUAGCUCCUGGUGUACUUGUGGAAUUAUUCCCUCAAAUCACUUCUUUGUGAUACAAAAAUGUUUCACCUAGAAUGUCUUUUAAUGUUUUGUAUAUUUGUUUAAGUCACCGUCACUCAGAUUGAUACAUUUAAGUACAGAAAGGAUUACAUGUAGUUUUCAUUAAGGGUUUUAUAGGUCAGUAUCUUUAGUACCACAAGUUCUGUUGUCAGCAGUGGCCAAGUCCCAAGGUGGCUGGAUUAAAGAUGGCUGACUGCAUCAUGAAACCAUGAAAUCCAGAAUAUAAUCUGUAUCUGUUGAAUGUACUAGUCUGCAGUUGAUACAGAAUCGUAACUACUAUAAUUUUCCCAAAAUUUCAAAAGCAGCCUGAUUUAAUUUUGAAUACCUUUCAGUAUUUCAUUAGUAAAAAUAUGAAAAACAUUGGUUAGAUAAUUUUAUAAAACUUUGCAAGUAAGGAACCAGCUAUGCAAAAAUGACUGGUAGUCAAACUUAUCAACAUACUAUGGUAUUGUGUGUGUAUUCUCAGGGGGUCAAGUUUUCAUUGUGGUUCAGGUAAACCACGAAAUGAAAUAUGUGCUUAAACGUUUAUUCUCAGGGGUCUGAGUUUUAAUUGAUUCAGGUAACCCACAAUAUGAAAUAUGUGUUAAAUAAGUGAAUUCCGACUUUCUUGAGGGAUUUUUUCUGUUCUCAGUUCAGUGUGCUUGCAGAUGAUUUGUAUUCUCCUCCAUGCAUUGUAUUUUGAUGGUGUAUAGUCGCCCCUUUACUUAGAGUGCUCAAGAUAAGAGGAGAGUGGAGAGCAUGUAAACCAGAGGUAAAAGGAAGGGAUACUGAUAUAAUUAUUUUUGUAGCCAACAGAUUAUGACUAAGUUUGUAGGUAAAAUACAAGCGAUUUUGCUAGAACUAGUGGGGAGUGAUUUAUUAGACUUUUGAUAAUAGGAUUCACAAAUCUCAUUUUUCAUGAAAUAUUAUGUAUUUAAAUGGUGCUUUAAUGGCUCAUAGAGUAUUUUAUAUAUAGAUAUUUUAUUAGAUUGUUCAUAGGAAAUCAAAGCUUUUAAGGUAGAUUGUGGGAUGAAUUAACUUAGAGCAUUAAUGAUAAUCUGUGCCUGUUGUGAUGCCCAGUAAGAAAUCUAAAUCAUCAUUGACAGAGAUAAGUCUGUCAAUCUAUUUCUAUUUCUAUUUAAUUAAAAGUGGAAAUCAGCCAGAGAUAAAUAGUCUGAUAUAUGAGUUAAACUUUGCAUGAAAUAAGUCUCAUAAUUGUAUCAAUGUACUUUUAGUAUUCAGACUAUAUUGAUAGGAAGGGUUGGUUUAUGUUUCUGUGUCUGGAGAUGAAAAGCACAUUUAGCAAGAUGCUUGCUUCCAUGGUGCAUUCAUUCAGUGUCUUGGGGCUUUUUAAACUAUUGAUUGACCAGCCCGAGAAGAGUCUACUUGAGACUCAGAGGUCUGGAAAAACUAACACCUAUUAAUAAUAAUAAUAAACUAUUGAUUAAAGACUUGAGGUUAUCAGAUUGUUUAGCCAAACUGUGAAGCACCUUUUUGUUCAACUACAAGAAAACAAGAGUAAUGUUGGAUGAUAGAUUUAAUAGGGAUAGCACUAGCAAAUUAAUUCAGGAUUGCAUACAUACGUUAUAGUGCUUGCCAUGUUUUGUCUAAAUCAUCACUUUAGUGUAUAUAUAUUGUUAUGAUAACACAUGUAUUCACAUGUAAUUUUUGGUAGUAAGUUUACUAUUUGUAACUUUUAGUUGCAUUCUUUGAGAAACGGAAUCAGUUUGAGAAUCGCAGGAAAAAGGAAUUUGAAAAGGAGAGUACAGGUGGUUCCCCCGUAUUCGCGGGGGAUGCGUACCAGACCCCCCCGUGAAUAGUUAGAACCCGCGAAUGUUUGGAACCCCUAUAAAUACGCUAAAAACAGCCUAUUUUAUUAGUUAAAACUCAAGGAAAACCACUAAAAAUUUUCGUACUUGGUUUUUUUAAUAGUUUUAUCACAAAAAAUGCAUAUUAUGAUGAAAUUGAUAAAAAAAACCAGGAAUUUGUGGAUGUUUCUCAUAGAAAAAUACCGCGAAUGCGCAAAUUUUCCACGAAUAAUGUGGGGAAAUGUUCCCAAGAGAAAUCCGUGAAUCCGGAGAACGCGAAUACGGGGGGCCCACUGUAGUCAUUUGUUGACUUUUGUAGUAAGUGCAGUGUUAGUUGACAGAAAGUUAAUGAGUGCUGAUUUACAGUCUGUGCUAAGAUUGUAUCCUUUUUAAGAGCUGGUUCUGGUAUUGUAAGUGGUAGCUUGAAACUUCAUUUUACAACUGCUUCAUUACAUUGUAUGAAGUAUUUUUAGACACUGUAUGUACUUGUUUGAAGAUGAAGACUACUUAAUUUUACUGAGGAAAAAUGCAAAAGUUUGUGGUAUUUUUCAUGGAGUUCAGAGGAGUACAGUAUACAGAUUUGUGUGAUCUGAUUGUCAUAGUCACAUGUGAUGCCCUCCUCACAAGGCCCAUUUACUGGCAUUUCUUUUUACUUGGUGCAUAUGGAUGAUUAAAAGUCAUCACUUUGAAAUAUGAUCCCUUGUAGCUGAACCUGAAUUCCAUGUCAUUGUCUGUUCUUCUGGAAUCAGACUUUUCAAUUUUAUGAUGAGAACCAUACAGGUAAGUCUUGAAUUAUUGCAUAUUCAAAAUUAACAUGUUUAAUUUGGUAAAUGGUAAAAAGUUAGGCUUUCCUUAUUUUACAAGAUUCAGAAAAUAUUAAACAUUCCUUGUCAUUACAGUGAUAUACUGGGAUCAAGAAUAAUGUUUGUAGGAAAUCAUGCUGGUAGUAAUAGGUGCACAAGAAUAGGUUAUCAAUUCUAGUGGAGCAUUUACGUAUAGCCUUUUGGAAUAUGAAGCAAACGUUUCAGUAUUACUUGUUGCAAUUUGUAGAGCAGUAGCAUACUGUUUGUUACCACUUGGUAAUUCUUGUGUAACAGGAAAAUAUGAGAUGAUUAUGCAGACUUGUAUUGAGAUUUGUUAACGGUUUGUAUACCAGUCCAGUUUAGAAAUGUAUAGUUGGUUAAAACUCAAUUAGUCUGUCUGCUGUCUCAAUAAUUUUUUGUACAUGAAGUCCUGCUUUUAGUAUGUUAAAAUUAUUGAUAUGGAAAAGUGUUGUGAAAAUAUUGGGAUGCCAGUGCUUUCAUGUAUUGAAGAAGGAUCAAAAGUUAUAGUCUAAAAAUUAAAAGCAGUAAGAUAUUGUAAUUUGGUCAGUGCAGCAGUUCACAGUACGUAUGUAGUAUUUGUAACUGGCAUAGUCAGUUGUAUCAGAUUUAUGCAUUACUGUAUCAGUAACAAUGCAAUUUGAAUAGUGUAUGUAUUAGUAUUACGAAUGUCUGUUUAUAAAUUAUCUAAUAAAGUUUGAAGAUUAUGAGCACGGCAACCAGUUUCAAUGGAAAGAACAGUAUAUAGCAUAGCUAGGUAUUACAACAGAUUACUCAUAUCACUAAGGCAUUCUAAGGACAGUUUUUUAUCAUAAAGUGGUUCUAUGAACUAUGUUUAGCUUCUGUAGAGAUUAAUAAGACUAAAAACCACCCUAAUGCUCAAUAACAAGUAUUUAAUGCACAUGAUAUUUGUUUUUAAAAAGCGCAUGAUCGGAAAAAUAAGACUAGUAUGUAGGACAUUGUCAGUAUUAAGGCCAAAUGAAAUGCCAUAACCUCUCAAUCAUUUGUACUGAUACAUCCAAAGGAGGUGUAAUAUACAUCCAGAGGGAAGAAAAAAGAAUCUUACCAUAACCCAUCUUACCAUAACCCUUGCAAGAUGGCUACCCCAUGAAAAUAUA